GUGCAGCUGUGCUUGCCUGUAACGAACGAGGAAGAAACGCUGAGCCAAGUGGUCGUGGAGUGGGGAGGUAGGAACAAUAUGUCUACUACCAAUUCGAGCCGCUUGAGAACGAUUCCGUUCAGCUUGGAUUUAUUAAAGGUGCAAUGUGGGAUGAUUAUGGGAACAAUAACGAGGAUAAGGAUAAGGAAGAACCGCCUGAGAGACUUGUGGUUGAUGUAGAUAUACCACUACUUAAGAUUGAGCCAAUGUCCCCAACUAGGAGUAACUCUUAUGAAUCCCUACAGAGUCCAUCACAAUUGCCUAUUGUUACCCCAUUCAAGUUGAAAGAUCCAAUAAUUCUUCUCGAAAGAUGUGAUAAAAUUUGGGAAACUCUUAAAUUAAUUAAAAAUGUACAAAGUAAAGGAUCAGAAAAUGUGAUUAAUAAUUCUAUAGAAAAAAUAGAUACGACAAAUUUGACUGAAUCUUCUUUCGAAAAAGAUCCAGAACCAUCAUAUAUUAUAUAUCAACCAGUAUUGGGUAAUAAUAACAGUGCAUUACCAAAUUUCAAAUUUUCAGUUAAAAGCACUAAGAAAUUAUUUCAUUGCAAUGUAUGCGGUAAAGAGUAUAGUGAAAAUCGAUCCCUUAGAUCCCAUUCACAAAAAAUACACGGAAUAUAUAUACCACCUAAACGUAAAUACAAUAAGUCUAAAUACAAAGAGAUCAGUAAUGAAUGUAUAAAUUCUGAUCCUAUUGCACAACCUACAAACUGCACAAAAAUAAAUGAAAACGAUUUUCAAACAGAAAAGAAAACUAAUUUGUUAGAUAAGGAUAUUGUCCAAACAAAAUAUGCAUAUCGUGGAAAAUGUCCUCUGUGUAAACGCACUAUAACAGAUUUGCAUAAGCAUUUAACUGAAUAUCAUAAAAUAGGGUGUCCAAAUCUUGUUAUGAAAGAAUUAGAAAGUAAUGCGCUAGUAUCUCCAAAUAUUAGUCUUCAGGAUUUAACAAAAGCAAUGGUUAAUACAAUGUCAUCAUCUGAGGUUUCAGAUAAUGAGAGUACAAUGAUAUCAGAACAAAUGCUACAAAAAAAGAUAAACUUGAAUGAAAUACCAAAUGUUGAAAAUGCUUCUGAGAAUUUAUAUACAGAAGAAGUUUCCAAAUUCAAAUGUGAAAUAUGCCUUGGAGUAUAUGCCAGUUAUAAUAGUUUUUAUAAACAUAGUCGUAUUCAUAGGAGUCGAGGAGAAACUAAAAAUAAUUUCAAUGUUCUCAAAUGUCGUUACUUAAAUUCUCCAUUAAAUGCCAAACGUACUGAGUUAUUAUUAUCCACAGUUACUUCUAAUCCACAAAAUAAAGAAAAGACUAAAACAUUUUUAUUGGAUUCCAUGGAAGGUGUGAAUUCACAAGAGCAUGAAAACAAUUCUUAUAAUUACAACAAUAGAACAAGAGGAAGUAAAAAAUAUCUUGAUAGAUCAUGUAUUUGUGGAAGAUCAUUUCGCGAAUAUCAUACUUUAGUAUUACACAAAAAUAGUUGUAAGUUUAAAGAUACUAGUGAAACAGAGUCCUUUAUGGAAGACAAUCCUGACCGAGAUUCUGGAAGUGGUAUUAAUAUUAAAAUAAAGAAGAAAAAUGAUUCUUAUGAAAUAGUUAGCAGAGAUAGUGGUGAUGAAAAUAAAUCUAAGGAUUCUGGCCAUCCUUAUGACUGCGAUACUCCAUCAGAUAUUUCAGAUAUUAUUUUUGAAAAUACUAAUGAAGUAUGUGAAGAAAAUCAUUCUUUGAACGCACUUGAAUCCUCUAAAUAUAGUAAAAAUCAUAGUAUACUGAAAAUAGAAACGAUUGAUGAAAACAUUGAUGUUGAUAUAGAGGAAGAUUCACGGAAUAUACCACUUAAUGAAAAUGAAAAAAAUAAUCAGAUUAAUGAAAACAUGCAAAUUAGAAAGACACAGGAACAAAAAGGAAAUAUUGAAGUAGUGCCUCCUACAUAUUUAUGUGAGACAAUUAUGACAGAACAAUCAGAAACGACAGAUGAUUUAAAUAUUUUAAAAACGAAACAAAAGUCAAUCGAUGCGGAAAACACUACAGAUUUAAUCAAAUCUAAGAAAAAAAAAUCAAUUGAGAAAACAAAAACUUCAAAUCUUUUUAAAAAGAAAAAGGAAAAUUUGAUUAAAAUUGAUAAUCAAAAAUCAUUAUCUAAUACAUCAAUGUAUGUAAACACAAUCUGUCCCUGUGGUGAAUCAUUUCAGACUUUGAGAAGCUGCAAUUCACAUAUAGCAAAAUGUCAUCCAUUAUUUCUCAGAUGCGGUUACUGUACAGAAAGAUUUAAUAGUAUUGGUGAAUACAAUAAUCAUAGGUGUAAUGUGAAGGUAGGGAAAAAGUUUAGUGAAUUACAAGCAGAUAUGUCUUGUCCUUUUUGUCAUACUAUUGUAAGAAACAAAAAUGAAUUUGAUCAACACAUUAAAUUUCAACAUUUUGAUCCAGAAUUACCUUAUCAAUGUCAUGAAUGCACACAAAAAUUUCCUAGUAGUACAGGGUGUCAAUUACAUUUUCAAAGGGCACAUGGCAAAUGUGUAUGUAAUGUGUGUGGUACAAAAUUAACUGCCGCAGCAAAACUUAGACAUGAAGGAUAUCAUUAUGGUCUUGGGUUCCCAUGUCACAUAUGUAAGAAAACUCAUUCAAGUCGAAAACAUUUAAUAAAUCAUUAUGAAAAUAUACAUGGGGAAACUGAUAAGUUAAUGACAUGCAAUAUUUGCUUACAACCAAUAAAGAAAAAGUCAUAUAGUUGGCAUAUUUAUUCUCAUAAAACUGUAACAGCAUGUAAACUAUGUAAGAAGGUCUAUUGUGAUGCAAGAACUUUAGAGCAUCAUGUUAUAUCAUCUCAUCAAGGUAAAUAUCCCUGGAUUAAAUGUAGUUUUUGUACCAGAAAAUUUUGCAAUAAAGAGUUACUAGAAACUCAUAUAAAGAAAGAAAAAUGUAAUCGUUAUCUUCUCGAAGUUCAAAAGAAGUCAAGAAAAAGUUCAAAAGAUCGUACUUUACUGCAUAGUUAGUGUUUUAAGGCAAUGUAUUUUUACAAUCUUAAAUCAAUUUUGUUUCCUUAAUGAGAAUAAAUUAAAAUUAAAGUACAUAUAAUUUUAUUGCAUUUGAUAAAUUGUUAUGAUAAAGAUAAUUUACAUUUUGAUUUAUAUUUAACAUAAUAUAAUCGAUUAUUCAACAUUUUUAAUAUAAAUAUUUAGUGUCAUUGCCCUAGUUAAACUAAUUGACUGCUUAUAUUUGACUUAGAUAAAUAGAGUAUUGUGAUAAUUGUAAUAUAUAUUUAUAAUAAAUGCUUGUGCUUGGCUAUAUGAAUAUCAAUAUCGAUAAUAAUUAUAGCUCUUGACUAAUGCACUCUACAAAUUUAAAAUAUAAUCAUCCCAAAUCUUUAAUAUUAUAAGUGUCACUACACUACAUUACUAUUAACAAAAUAAUAAAUAUUAUUCAUUUGAAUACUUUAUAUUUAAUGCUUCCAUGUUAGAAAUAUUGUAAAUAUUCCUGCUACAAAGAUAAAGUAGAUGUUUAAAUAGCAAGAAUAUUGAUUGUAAUUUUUUUUUUAUUUUUCAAGAUAAAUCGUUGAAAUUAAUAAUUUAAUGACUUAACAAAUGUAAUAAUAUGUAACAUUAAUUAGAAAAUCCAUAAACAUACAAAUAUAUAUACUUAAAUACUAUAGUAAAAAUAUAUUUUUUAAUGUCAUAGUUUUAAUCAUUUAUGAACAAAAUGUUGAUGUAAUCUAUAAGAAAAUGUACAACUCUCUUAAUAUACACCAAAGGGCAAUGACUAAUAAAUAUAAUAGAAUUGUUACGACACAAUUCCAUUCCAAAUAUUGUAUGAAGAAUUUCAUUUUUUUUUUUAUUAUUAAUUAAAACUAAGAAUUUAAUAAGAC